UCAAGAAGAAAAGGUCGUAAUUUUCCACGCUCUCUUUUUAGCUUCUUAUUCUUAUCCCACCACAUGCCUUUCUUCAACCCAAGCCAAUCUGAGAGUGAUUAUAUUCUUGUGGGUGCCGCCAGAGAUCAUACCAAAACUUGUGACAAGUUUCACAUCAUCUCCUAAUCAACCGAUCGAUGGAUCAGAAAGAAGCCAAAGCCAAAGUGGGGAAGGCCCCCACCAGGCUACAGAAGCACGCUCCGGCAUCUCUUCAGCUUGAUAAGAUUGCCGUCGCUGCUGCUGCCACCACCGGCCCAUUCUCUGCCUCCGGUGAAACUCCGAAGGCAAUUCCUUUGCUAUCGCCGCUCGUUCUAUCCCCAGAACCAUUUUCGGAGACGGUAGAAAAGAGAUUGUUGGAGAGCGGCAAUGGGGAGAAGAGAAGUCUGGACUCACCAGCUGGUGGGUGGAAACAUCCGGCUGUGGCUGCCUUCACCGAGCCCCCAAACCUGCUUACUCGCCUUCAAUCACAAUGCGUGCUGGUGGACAAUGUGCAGUGACAUUUUGGUGCCGCAGCUGUAUAUUGAAUGUUUCUUUCUGAUCGAGUAUUUUUUUUGUCAUGGUAGGUUUUGUCAGUUUUGUUGCCGGUGUCUACAAAUAGGGAUCCUUUCCUCCCUAUCCAGUAUCCACCAUCUUUCUGCUUGUUUUAUUGCAUUUUCUUGAAGACGGAAUUCUUGUCAUCAUUGAUUUCUGCAAAUGUGUCAAAUGAUGUCAAUAUGUGAUAGCUUGUACGUUUUUAUUUCUCUCUUUAAUGUAUAUCUCUUUCUAACAAAAACCCUUUCUUCUUUGUUUUU